CUUUCUGCUUGGAUAAGUGUUUAGGAGCAAUUGAGAAGCAACCGAUUCCAAGGACGUGGACACUAGUAAUUACUGCACCGCGGGGGGGGAAAUAGACAAACGCCUGUGCCAUGUAGCUGCACUCUCACAUGGAAAUAUGCAGACGAGCCCACACAGCAGCGAGCUAGUUAUUUUUACUUAAAGGGGAAAACUACAAAAAAUGCUGUGAAGCUCUGUGUCGCAGCUUGGCUCCCGGCAAAAGCGCAGGUUUUUCCAGAGCAUCUGCUGGUGGGGGGGAAAAUUGUCAGGAGCGAGAGAAGAAGCGAUAUGCGGCUGGUCGGGCAGUUGCUUUUGCAGUUCCUCUUCUGGAAUUAGUGCAUGAAUGGGAAGGGAGCGGCUUUAGACUCGAAGCAGGAAAAAAAGAGUGUACUGUUUAAAGCUCGCGGCGGCACAUAAUGGAUACUUUCCUGCCCUUAAAGGUCACCUAACAGACUCAACAGAUGUGAUUGAGAACCACAUAGAAGAGUGGUUGUAUGAAUAAAGAUGAAUCAAUAUGAGUUUGGAUACCUGACCUGACCACACAACAGAUGCUUUUACUGCUAAUUCUCCACCUUGCACUUUGAGUGUGAAUGUGUGGCCUUGAGAUAUUUCCAGGGGACCAUAUGGCAAAAUACCGCACAAUAUAGGUCCUCGUUGCAUAAGCUAACAUGGACAAAGUGGUCAUCAGUCUCCUGUUCCUGGGAACCGCAGUUACGAUGGUCCAUGCAUGUCCCAAAUACUGUGUCUGCCAGAACUUGUCAGAGUCCUUGGGGACUUUAUGCCCCUCCAAAGGUCUGCUCUUUGUUCCACCAGACAUUGACCGGCGAACUGUGGAGCUCCGGCUGGGUGGCAACUUCAUCCUAAAGAUCUCCACCCUGGACUUUGCCAAUAUGACAGGCCUGGUGGAUCUCACGUUGUCCCGGAACACCAUCAGCGACAUCCAGCCUUUCUCAUUUAUUGACCUGGAGACAUUAAGAUCGUUACACCUGGAUAGUAACCGGUUGACUGAACUGGGACCAGAUGACCUCCGAGGACUGGUUAACCUGCAACACCUGAUCCUCAACAACAAUCAACUGAGCCGUAUCUCUAAAGUAGCCUUUGAUGACUUGUUACUGACACUGGAGGAUCUUGAUCUGUCAUAUAACAACUUGCGCACUGUGCCUUGGGAGGCCAUCCGAAAGAUGGUUAACCUCCAUCAAAUGAGUCUGGACCAUAACCUCAUCUCCUUCAUUGCUGAGGGGACCUUUACAGAUCUCGACAAACUGGCACGCUUGGACCUCACCUCUAAUCGUCUUCAGAAGCUCCCUCCAGAUCCUAUCUUUGCACGCUCCCAGAGCAAUGUGGUGAUGAGCACACCAUAUGCACCUAUGCUCUCACUAAGCUUUGGUGGAAACCCUUUGCACUGCAAUUGUGAAGUGCUUUGGCUUCGGAGACUGGAACGGGAGGACGAUAUGGAAACCUGUGCUUCUCCUGCCAGUCUAAAGGGACGCUACUUUUGGUCUGUUCGUGAGGAGGAAUUUGUGUGUGAGCCUCCUCUAAUCACACAACAUACACACAAAUUGCUUGUGCUCGAGGGACAGACAGCUAGCUUGCGCUGCAAAGCUGUUGGCGAUCCAAUGCCAACUGUGCAUUGGGUUGCUCCUGAUGACCGUUUGAUUAGCAACUCCUCCAGAGCAACUGUAUAUGAAAAUGGGACUCUGGAUAUAACAGUCACCACAUCUAAGGACUACGGUACAUUCACCUGCAUUGCUGCUAAUGCUGCAGGAGAAUCUACAGCGUCCAUUGAACUAUCAAUCAUUCAACUCCCCCAUCUGAGUAAUGGUACAAACCGUACUACCCAGAACAAGUCAGGCCUGUCAGACAUAACAAGCUCUACUAAGAUCAGUAAAGGGGAGCCUAAACCUCUUCCAGAGAAGGUGGUGUCUGUAUCAGAAGUGACCGCUGUUUCUGCUCUGGUGAAGUGGAGUGUUAGCAAAGCAACUCCAAAGGUCAAAAUGUAUCAGCUUCAGUACAAUUGUUCUGAAGAUGAAGUCCUCAUUUACAGAAUGAUUCCCAUGACUAACAGGGCCUUUGUACUCACUAAUCUGGUCCCAGGGAUGCAGUAUGACCUGUGUGUCUUGGCCAUUUGGGAUGAUACUGCUACGACUCUCACUGCCACCAAUAUUGUAGGCUGUGUCCAAUUUGUCACCACUGAGGAUUACCCACAGUGUCAGUCUAUUCACAGUGGCUUCAUGGGUGGCACUAUGAUCCUGGUCAUCGGUGGCAUCAUCGUGGCCACACUGCUGGUUUUCAUCAUUAUCCUCAUGGUUCGCUAUAAGGUGACGAGUGGGAUCCAGACUAAUAAACUGCCCACUGUGAGUAACACGUACUCACAGACGAACGGAGGAAUGAACAGGUUCAACGGUGCCCCACCACAGGUCAAAUCUACAGUGGUGGUCAUGCGUGAGGAAAUGGUAGAGUUCAAGUGUGGAUCGCUCCAGAGCAGUCUCUCUUCGUCCUCCUCCUCUUCUAACUCGUUAGACAGCCAAACAGCAAGAGGGGCUGGUGACCGCUACAGCAUGCAAAGCAGUGAGUGCACCACCCUGCCCAGCAACAAGUUCAGGAGGCACGGCCCCAAAGCACGCCCAAACUUGGACCACCUUUUAGGGGCCUUCACCUCACUGGAGCUGCGAGGGGCAGGGAGAGACGGCGCAGGGACUUCUGGACCCUCCACCAGUUCCAAUGCUAUGGCAGUGGCUGUGGCACCACCGUCUGAUAAAGAACCAUUGCUUGGAAGGGCAGAGUCCACAACCAUGCUGGGACGCAUCCUAGGGCUCCCCCAGGAGGGUAAGCCAAAGCGGAGCCAUUCGUUUGACAUGGGUCACGUAGGGGCCACACAGAGUCGCAGCAGCUACCCACGCAGGAUCAGUAAUAUCUGGACUAAACGCAGUCUGUCUGUUAAUGGCAUGCUGCUGCAGUAUGAUGACAGUGAGGAUGAGAAGCCCAGUUUUGAGAGCUCCGAGUGGGUAAUGGAGAGCACGGUUUGAAGACCAUAGAGACCACAUGUGAGAUUCAUGACCAAACAAUAAAUCUAUAUGAGAAUAAAAGAAACAUGAGUGAAAAGUGAAGGAUAUCCCAAAGGGAAACUAUCUUCUGCAUGAAGCUAACCCAAGUGAUAAUAUAAGACACUCAAAUCAAUAGAUUCCUGGUCAUGAUCUCGUCUCUGACAGUGUCAAACUGUAUUUGAAAAAUGUCCCCAUUUUAAAACAACUGCAGAAAUGGCCCACAAGGAAUAUUUUCCAAACCACAGGGUACAUGAGAUUAUCCCUGAGGGGAGAAAAGGGAAAGAAAGACAAGAAAUUCUAAGUGGAUUUACUGUGUCUUUAUUAAAACAACUGAAUACCAAGAGGAUUUGCCUCGAUUGUGGUGAAGUGGAUCACAAUGUCAUGGACCCUCAGCAUGAAAUGGGACUACUGCAACAGUAGAGAGACCAGAGGAGCUAGUAGAAAAUUAAAACAAAGUCAUUUUUAUUUUCAGUCAUUUUUUCUAUCAUUUUUACUAUUUAUUAUUUGAGGCAAUUCAUCAGCAGAAGCACAUCUCGGUACUGAGGUUGUAGCUGUUGGUCACAAACAAUUAGACCCUCUCACACAUACGCAUAUGUAGAAGCUACCAUCUCUCAUGCAGCCAUUGCAAACACUUUCAAAUUGAUAACAUGAUUAAUUUUCAGUAACAAUAUGGUCCUAUGUUCUAGAUACCAUAACAAUGAACCACAGCAAGCCAGUCUUGUAUUUGUACCUCAGGUUAUGUAUCGUACGUUGUUAUUUUAAAGCAAGUAGGACUACAGCUAAGAUGGAACACAAACAGCUCCACACACAAAGUUCUUUGCUCGAUUGUAAAGCUGUCAAAAAACUAUUUGUUGCCAUCCAGUCAAAAUCCAGCGUGUUUCCAGCUCAGGCUAAAUCCUGCUCUAACAAAAUGUCAGUUUGAUUGCUUUGAUACUCUCCCCAUAGGUUAGCCCUGGUGACAAUGGUCCCUGCAGGCAAAAGGCCCAUUGAUGUAAACAGAGUGUUCGCCUGAGGGUACGGUUUCAGAUGUUAUCAAGAUAUAUUAUAGUCACUGGUACGUGGAUGGUGUUUGAAAUCCAUCAAGCCCACUUAAUCAUUUGGCCAAAGCAGAAUCUAUCGUCAGGCUGUUAUUCUCAUGAGGUAACACAAACAAGAGAGUAUGGCAAUUACUCAUUUAGCCAGGUUAAAUGGAGGAAUUUGUCAUUUGAUAAAGGUCAUCGUGCUGCUUAGAAGAAAGGAAAAAAGGGGAACGAUAACUCAUUAAGGGCCAAACAUUUCACCAAAUUACAUGAUACAGAACCUUUGUUGGAUGUAUUAUUUCAAUUGAUCCAUCAGAGAGCCCAUUUAUCUUUCAUUCUCUUUCACACAGGGCUGUACAUUGCAGUAAAAUACUUUGAAUUAGACUCUACUCAGAUUACUGCUGAUCAAAACUGCAACAUCUCUGCAUUUUAACGCCUUUCUCGGUAUUCUGUGGAUCUCUGCUGCAUUUUAACAUGUGGGAUGGUCAUCGGUUUUCGUUUCUUCCCUACAGUAGGUGUACCGUUCUGUAUAUUGGCAUUCUUUUUGUACAAUAACUGGGUGAGAAUGUAAAUGGGGAUGGGGGAAGGGGGCAAUCGUGCAGUAGUACUUUUAUUUUUAUGUGAAGCAAACAGUGAGAAGGUGCUUUACUGUGACGUACCAACUUGAUCAUUGUUAGUUGGCUUACUGAAAUGGGAUUUUAUGUGAUACUGCAAGGGGGGAGUGGAGGACUGGCUUUUGUUAAAGGGUCAAGUCACUCAAAUGACUAAAAUACUUAUUUUCCAACUUAUCUCAAGUGGUAUUCCUGCAUGUACACUGUAGACAAUCUUGGUUUUAUUUGCUCAUGGUUUCAGAGAGCUUUCUGCAAAAUUUCUGCCUCUAGUGCAAUACAACGGUGUUGGAAAAUGCAGACCAAUAUAUACAUAGUUUAACAAUGUGUCUCUAGUACAAUCCCUUCUAUAGAUCUGUUACAUCUGUUACAAAAAUGAUAAGGACCCUGUUUACCUAAAGCUUUAAUCAUUGUUUAACCCGAUAUCACCACAAAACGUGCAAUAGACACGCCAGUCCACCGUGUCCGUCUCACUCUUUGCCUCUCCGAAGCGUGAAAAGGACACGCAUGUCGAAGUUCCAGUAAGCUGCAGUAAAAGAAGAGGGGGAUAUUUUAUUUCAAGUCAACUUGAAAAUAAUCACAGUGAAGUGUUUAAAUAGAUAUUAUUAACACAUUUACAUGUAAAUACAUAUUAGCCCCCUAGCUUAAUCAUUUGUGGCGAUUAAGGACCUUGGAAUGUCCUGCAUACGUUUUUUUGGUCACUACUGACUUCUUGGCUUUAAAUAUAUUAUCUCCCCCUGCUGGUAAUGCGGUAAUGUAACUUCUGUAUGUGUGUCCAUUUCAUGUUUUGGAGAGGCAAAGCGUGAAAUGGACGCGGUGGACCAGAGUGUAUAUUACAUGUUUUGCCGCAAUACUGAGUUGCAUUGUAUCCAUGCCAUACAGUAUAUCCAUUCUAGCCAGUGAGCCACACUGCUGCACUGACAUUCAGUGUGUUUAACUGUAUAUGACAUACAGUAUAUCCAAAUGAGCUUUAAAAUCAUGAGCUUAUAAAUUCAGCAAUUUUAAAAGCACAAACAUUUUCCAAUAAUGUGUCUAAAAUAAAUGAUAAAUUCAGAGUAAUACCUACAAAGUGGCCAACGACAUAAAUCAUUCGUGCACUGCUUCAGUGGAUGAAUGAGACUUUUUUCUUAUUAUUCUUAUUAUUCAGUUGCAGGGAUAGCACUUUGUUCCAGAAAGCCACAUGUGCAUUUAGGACUGAGACAGUUGAGGCAUGGAGUUACUUUUGUGUCAUUUAAAAUAUUACAUUUGCAUUAUAAAAGAAAAAAAACAACCUUUUUAAUGUUGAGCUCACUCUCGUGGGCAGUCUCUGUUGGUCAGCAUGGCAGCUUCCACAGUUUGCAAAUAAGAGAGUGAGAGCAUAGAUGACAUAAAAUCAAUGUGUAGGUGUGUUUGCACAUAACAUUCAUCUUGGUAAUGGCAAUAAUGUUAUGUUUAAACUACGAUUGGUAUUAUUUUACUUCACUUUUUUUGCCUGUAGCCAGAUAUGGAUUUUCAUAAUCAGUUUCCACAUCACAGUUUGUUGAACAAAAGCAAUCUACAUGGAGUACUUUAUGAAACGAAACAUUCUUUGUGUUAUUGUGGCAAAGGCUAGAUAUAAACAUACCUGUGCAGUGACUUUUCUGCCUUCUUUGCUCUUUCUAUGCUUUCACCACACAAUUAUUUACCAACUGUGAGUGCUGUGACUCUAAUCAGUAGAGAUAUAUUUCACCUUAACACCCACGUUCGACUUAACCCGCAGCAGUUUUGGAUUUAUACAUAUAUACAGUUUUUUCUUUCUUUCUUUUCUUGCAAAAUUAUCUUGUUUGUUUGCAUAAAAGUGACAGAAAAGUACCCAUAUUAGUCCUUACUUCUUUAAGAACCACAUAUUGUUUUAUAAUGACAUUUCUACUGUUUUGACAAUCAUUCCCAUUUUCCAGUUCAGUUCCAAAAUGAUCUGAUCCAUGAAUUGAACAAAAACUAAUUCCUCAGCAGCAGCAGCAAAACCGUUUUUGUUCCCAGCAUAUUGUUUUCCACGAAAACCUGUAUGAAAGACUUCGAAUAACUGCCAACUAUGUAACUUUUCGCAGGAAUUUGCUAGCCUGAGGAAUACCAACACAAUGCUGAACAGAAAAAAUAGAAAUGACUGAGCCCGUAAUAAAGUGUUAAUCUGUAUCUUUGAGAUUUUGAGUCCUCAACGAAGGUCGUUUUACCCUUAAUUUAAUGUUUGCCAAAACAUUACAACUUUUUAAACAAUUGUUAGCUUACAUUUUUGAAGAUUUUUGUCUUUGCUACAAAUGAAUGAGUGCUACAGACUGUGUGAUUCAUAACAUUUAUUAUUUAUUCUUAACAGAAUAAGUCUGAUUACCCAAUAUCAUCAGCACGUUACUUUAGUAUCUCAGGUGUUUUGUUUGCAGACACUUGUCUGCCUAAUUUGCCAAUAACAGUAGGUUUUAAUGAAAACGAUGCAACAAAGUCACAAAAGUUAGGUAAAUUUUUAUCUGUAUUGUCCACUUUCAUGCAACAAAUCAUCCUCCCUCUUUUGGUUUCAUUUCUAUUAAUUUCUCAUUAUAUCCUGAUAGUUUCACUCAUUAUUAUAAGUGGAGAGCAUUUUACCUUACAGAUCAAAACAAGUUGUUUUGCUAAAGAUUUUGAAAUUGAAUUCAUUAUAAGCAGAAGACACCUAAAUCUAUUCCCAUCUGUUUUAUUUCAUCUGAAGUUUCAAGAAUGCUUAUUUUGGAAUUUGAGCAAAUAAAACCAGAAAACAUUUGCUUUUGUGACACUGGAGGUACACGUUGAAAUAUGUAUUUUAGUGAAUGUGUGAAGUGACCCUUUAACCUGCCGUCUCUGCUUGUGACAUCAUAUAACAUCCCCCUCCACUCUGCUAACUAAGAUAUAAAUUUAAGUGUGUAUUUGACUCAACAUAGUCAUGAUUCUCACCUGAGGUUCCAGGACAAAAACAAGAAAAAAAAACUGUUUAUGUGUGAAAACAUUUUGCUACAAAAGAAUAUAAAAUAUUGUCUAAU